AUGCACCUGGAAGACAUAAGGAGCCGGACCCAAGUCAUGAUCCUGGGAGCCAUCGCCCUGGCUGCCCUGCUGAGCCCCCAUGGAACUGGGGCCGUCAGGGUGGGCCACGUGUCAAUGUAUGCCGAGUUUGUCCAGACACACAGACCCUCUGGGGAGUACAUGUUUGAGUUUGAUGAGGAUGAGCAGUUCUAUGUGGACCUGGAUAAGAAGGAGACUGUCUGGCAUCUGCCAGAGUUUAUUCAUGCCUUUGACUAUGAUGCUUGGAGGGGUAUUGCUGACAUUGUCGGGUCAAAGAAGAACCUGACUACCCUGAUCCAAUGGUCGAACCACACCAGGGCCACAAAUGAGCCAUCUGAGGUGACUGUGUUUCCCAAGGAGCCUGUGGAGCUGGGACAGCCCAACACCCUCAUCUGUCAUGUGGACAAGUUCUUCCCACCUGUGCUCAAUGUCACAUGGCUGCACAAUGGGCAGAUGGUCACCGAAGGUAUAGCUGAGACCAUCUUCCUGCCCAGCACAGAAUUCAGAUUCCACAAGUUCCACUACCUAACCUUCCUUCCCACGGCUGAAGACGUCUAUGACUGCAAGGUGGAGCACUGGGGCCUGGACCAGCCGCUCCUUCAGCACUGGGAGGCCCAGGAGCCAAUCUGGGUGCGUGAGACGAAGGAGACUGUGGUCUGUGUCCUGGGCCUGGUGGCAGGUGUGGUGGGCAUCAUCACUGGCAUCACUGUCCUGAAGACCGGGCGGCCCGACAGCAUCCCUGGGUGCAGGGGCUCCCGUGAGUCAUCUGAGAGCUGGUACCAGGGACAUGGUGCAAAAAAGGAGGCAGCCCGGUAUGGGUGGUGGAUGGGAAGGAGAAACACUUCAACAGGGGUUCUUUGAGCACUUUGUAUUGCAGAAUCACUGACUAGAGGAAAACAAUACCAUGAUAAAGAACAUCAGUUGAGUUGCUUACUACUUACCAGGCACUAUUCUGUAUGCUUCAUAUGUAUUCACUUACUUAUGUCUGGAGGUUGGUACCAUUAUUUCCCAUCAUACAGAGGGGGAAGCAGACAUGAAGAGGGGUGAAGGAGCCUGUCCAAGGUCACACAGCUUGAAAGGUCCAGAGUCUGGAUUUGAACUCAGGCCUUGGGGCUCCAGAGGCUCAGUCUUAUCCAAUGUGUAGAUUAUAUAUAUCAUCUGCAGUCAUUUUAUCUCUCCCUGACAAUCUUCAUAACCUUGAUUUUCUUCUGUUGUCAUAGUGAUGUCCAUGAACCUCCAAUACUGUGUUAAACAUUUGUAAUUAUAAAGGACAUCCUACCUUUUGCAUAAUCUCAAAGGGAAUGCAUUUAAUUUCUCCAUAAAUAUAUUUGCUAUAGAUUUUUGGUUAAUAACCUUUACAUGUGAUAAAAUUGA